GACCGAUACGUGCAACUACAUGAUGCACGGUGACAUGAGACAUUCAUUCUGGAGAUAAUUGGACAUGGGGGACGAGCUGUGGAGGUUUGUUGUGAGACAGGAAAACAUCCCUAUACGUAGGCUGAUCUACAAGGCGAUCUCUUACGUAUUUUCUAUAGUCACUUGAAAGGCUCUGUGUCUAUAAGAACCCCUCAAUCUCUCACUGAUCCUGAACACAAACUCUCAACUCAACUCAACUCAUCUUCACAUCAACUCCUUCUCAAACAACUACUCAACAUAAAUCACUCACAAUGGGUUACGGCACUCUCGAGAACGGCGACUGGCUCAUGGUCGGCAUGAGCAUCUUCAGCAAAGAUCGCUCCGUCGAGCUCCGCAUGCAAGACGAUGGCAAGCUAGCCAUCUACUACAACAACCGCUGUGCCUGGCAGAGCACCGACCAGCAGACCAGCAACGCAAAGGGCGCCAUCAUGCAAGGCGAUGGUAACCUCUGCAUCUAUGACAAGAACGGCAAGGCCACUUGGCACACUAACACUGCUGCCCCAAGCGGCGACAACAAGACUUUCCUUUCUGUCCAGGAUGACGGAAACCUUGUUUUGUACAAGAACGGUGGUGCUACUCCCAUCUGGUCCUCCAAGAGCAACAAAUAAACUGGCUGGCUGGGUUGGCAUGUGAAUUGGGCGGUUGGCGGGUACAGUUAGGGAUCUAUGGACCUAGACAAGUUCUACCUGCCGAUUUGUGCACCACUCAUAGUAUUAAUAGCCAUCAAUAAAGUUAAAUUGAAGAGAGCCUUUGUCUCUUGCAAUACGUGCCAA